AUGAUAGAAUUGUUGUGUGCUGAGAUUUCAGCUUUUUAUAUAAACCAUUCCAUAUUAUUGGGCAUCAAAAUCUCUUGGACCAAUAAAAAUUUACCACCAUCUCCACCAAGGCUUCCGAUCAUCGGAAACCUCCACCAACUAGGGUUGAACCCCCACCGCUCACUUGAGGCCCUGUCCAAAAAACAUGGUCCACUCAUGUUGAUACACCUUGGCAACGUGCCCAUGCUUGUUGCCUCCUCACCUGAAGCAGCCAAAGAGAUCUUGAAAACCCAUGAUUUGAAAUUUGCAAGCCGACCCAAGUUAAGAAUUCCCGACAUACUUUUGUAUGGCUCCAACGACAUAACGUUUUCUCCUUAUGGAGAGUAUUGGAGGCAACUGAAGAGCAUCGCUGUAGUUCAUCUUCUAAAUAAUACACGAGUCCAGUCAUUUGAACAAGUGAGGGAAAAAGAGGUGGCUCUUAUGAUUGACAAGAUAAAAAACAGUUGUGGUUCUUUAGUUGAUCUUAAUGAGCUGUUUUUUUGGCUUACGAAUAACAUUGUCUGUAUGGCGAGUCUAGGGAGGAAAUAUGGUGGGUCAACGUUUGCAGACAUAAUGGACAGGUUUAUGCAUCUGCUCAGUGGUUUCAAUGUUGGUGAUUAUAUUCCAUGGUUGGCUUGGAUAGACCGAUUGAGUGGUUUAGAGGAGAAAGCACAUAAAGUUGCUAAAGAAUUUGAUGACUUUCUUGAAUGUGUUGUUGAAGAACAUGUACACAAGAGAACAGAAAUGGAUGCUCAAUGUCGUGAAGAUCAAGAUCUAGUUGACACCUUAUUGGAUGUACAAAGAGAUAACGCAACCGGCUUUACCUUUCAUAGAGAUGUCAUCAAAGCCCUCAUUUUGAGGGAAGGGAUUGUUAGGAUCAAUGACUUUAAUAAACAAGCACACGACAAUGAAGAUGCUAAAGGAACAAUAACAACUAAUAAGACACCCAAGGGUAAUGGAAAAAUUCCACUACUUGUUCCUCGAGAAUCAACACAAGAUGUGGAACUAAUGGGGUACGACAUUCCAGCUGGCACACAAGCGAUUGUGAAUGCUUGGGCGAUAGGAAGAGAUCCUACCUUAUGGGAAGAACCACAGGAAUUUAGGCCUGAAAGGUUCUUGAACACUUCCACAGAUUACAAAGGGCUUCACUUUGAGCUGCUUCCAUUUGGUGGUGGACGAAGAGGGUGCCCUGGAAUUCAAUUCGCCAUAGUCAUCAUUGAAUUAGCAUUAGCAAAUGUGAUAUACAAGUUCGAUUUGGCAUUACCAGAUGGAGUAAAAGGAAAGGAUUUGGACAUGAGUGAGAAGUAUGGCCUUGUUGUCCAUAAGAAAUCUCCUUUAAUUGUUGUGGCAACUUCUCGUUUCUAG